AAUGGACGACUUUAAAGAUAUUAUCAAAGAGGAGAAAUACAAGAACUGGGUUAAAUGCACUUUGGGAAUAGCGCAAACGGGCAAGGCAGUAUGUGAAUACGUCAGCAAAAAACUUUUGAUGUAUUUAGAAGGUAAAGCUACUCUUAACAACCCUGGCAAACAAUCUUACUUGACCAAAGACGAAUAUUCCCAUUUUCGGGAUGAUCUAAAACCAGGAUUGCGAAAUAAUGUGUCAAGAUAUGUUAGACUAGAAAAUAGCCAAUGGAAAUGGAAUGUGAGUUUGCAGAAAGGGAGUUGUAAAUGUCCGAGUAUAUUGGAAAAACUUCUUUGUUUACACAAAAGUCAGAAGGAUAUCCAUUGGAAGAAUAUCGACGACACGCGAAACCUGUCGCCUGAAUGGGUUAUAGCAAAGAUCUUUAUGCCAAUGGGCAAUGAGGAUAACAAGGGACCAGAUAAUACUGACCCUAGUGCAAUUUUCAAAGUGAUGAAUAUGUGUGAUUUAUUUAUGAACCCAAUUAGAGCUGGAAACAUUAACGGGGUUAUAGACGCUAGAAACGCACUUUUCCACUCUUCCGACAAUUUGGUAGACAUGGAAGAAUAUUUUAGGUAUAUGGAAAAUCUUCUCUCUGAUGCUUCUAAUGACCCGGACAUUGAUGGUGACUUAAAACGAAGUAUAGAUAAUAGCAAAAGGAAAAUUGUACAGUUAAAAGAAAGUGAAAUUACAAUGACCCUAUUUGAAGACGCACAAAAAGCGAUGAGAACUGAAAGAAUGGCUAUCUUUUACAAAUUUGAACAAUCUCUUUGUGACAAUGAUCCAGCACAACUGCAAGAAUUAUUAAAACUUGCGGAAAAACUAAGAUCGGAUCUUGAGUUUAUAAAUGUCCAUUUUGAUGACAUUAAAUCCCAAAGUUUGCGAAUUGAGCAACAAACGAUGAGCAACAAACGAUGA